CUUUGUCUGUCUUGACUACAACGCAAAGCAUAUUGAAACAGACAGCAGGAAGGGGCAGAAUAGAGGAGGCCAUUGUUACAAGAUUAAGGGUGAGGAAGACUUUAAAUGUGAUAGGAAAUAAUCCGACAGGAAAGUGUGAUUAUUGCCAGGAAACAGAGACAGGGGAGCAUGUAUUUUUACAGUAGCUUGUGGGUGCUUUAUAUGCACCACAGUCAGUUAUGAUUGCAUGUCAACUUAUAUUUACUAAAUAAUUAUUAACAUAUGUCUACUGUAUGAUGUUUUAAUAGAAAAGGGGCUGAGUUAGGAUUUAGUUUCUCAGUCUCUGGCCCACACUCCAGUCCAUUAGGUCACGGUAAUGCACCAUAAUGUUGGAUGCCAACAGCCGAUAAACCCCAACGAAGAAGAAAAAUAACAUUGUGUGGGUCUUAAUAUUUUGAACCCACUCUAGCCAAUCAGAGCGGAACAUGUAGAAACGCUUUUGCCGUUUAAAAGAUGUGCGGAAAAAUAUUUCAGGGAACCUUAGUCUGCAAGCAAUAUAGCUAGCUAAAGCAAAUCAGAUUAUAUAAAAACAAGAGAAUAGCUAUGUAUUCAGGUAAAUGCUAGAAUACAGAUUUAGGCAUACGGUAAUAUAAAUUAGUUAUGGUUUGCUAGCUAUGAGAAUUGUUAACGUUAGAUGAUAUCGAACUUGGGCUAGUCACACGAGAAUGAUCGCGCCUAGAUGGGUCGAUUCUGCUGGGACUGGAUAAUUGGCAGUGACUCGGCGGUUGCUUUUAGGUCGACCUAGCUAGUUGCAAGUUACGUGUAGAAUGAUUUGGUAUGUCAAGUUAGUUAGAUUGUUUUGAAUGAGAACGGCAUACGCAAAGAAUUGUUGGCGAUUUAAAAGGAAGGAGACGUGCGGACGUGGGUUACGAUAACUAAUUUAGCUGUUAUACUGACGCGUUAGAUUCAAGAGUGAUAAUAGUAGCUAAGCAUAGACCUGCAAGUUGGCUAAGUUGGUACAGUAUGUGUUGAAAGUUUAAGAAGGCACAGUGAAAGUAAUUUGUAAAGUUAAAGAUGAAAGUAAUGGAAAGAAAUGUGAUGCGCCUGGCUAUUGUGCAACACCUUCGUACUGCUUAUGGGAUAAAGACUAAGAAUUGGAACAAAAACAAAGCACGCACCAGCUGCAAGUUGACAGCUAAGAACAAGGUGAAAGUGUUUGGUGUACCGCUGGAGAGCCUUCUGCAGUACAAUGUGGAGAAUGCGAAUAUACCAUGCUUUCUCAUAGAUGCAUGUGCAAGUCUGCUGGAGCAUGUGGAUACAGAGGGCUUGUUCAGAAAGUCUGGCUCUGUUGUUCGUCUGAAAGCACUCCGGGUGAAGUUGGAUAAGGGUGAGAGGUGCCUAUCCACUGCCCUGCCAUGUGAUGUGGCUGGCUUGGUCAAGCAGUUCUUUAGGGAGCUGCCGGAUCCCGUUAUGCCUACAGAGCUGCAUGAUGCCUUCCUCAAGGCCCAGCAGCUGCCCACAAAGGAGGACAGGACCUAUGCCACCCUGCUGCUUUCCUGUGUACUGCCUGACCAGAACAUGAGCAUUCUACGUUACUUUUUUGGCUUCCUCAACAAAGUCUCUCAAAGGAGUGGUGUGAAUAAGAUGGACAGCAGUAACCUGUCUGUGAUCCUGGCUCCCAACCUCUUACACGCUGGAGACGGGGCAGACAAGAUGAACGCCAGCACAGAGAAACGCCUCAAGCAACAGGCAGCUGUGGUCCACUGCCUUAUAGAACACGCUUCAGACUUUGGUGUGGUACCUCAGUUCAUCAUGGAGAAGAUUCCAGCCAUGCUGGGCUGUGAGGCAGAUGUUCUGUUCCCUACUCUUGAGCGACUAGAGGACUUGGACACAAAUUCAGGGGCCAAGAGGAGAUGCAGGCGCAGUCUAGGGGAUAUGGUCAAUGGAGCUCUGAAUAAGUUAAAAACAAAUAGAACACCCACAAAUACUCCCCAGUCAGACAGAUAUGUCUUUUCUUCUGCAACUCCUGUGAUAAUUACUCCCAGCUCCAAGAGAGAAAUUCCUUUGGAAUCUGGUCAUAGUUAUGGAUUCUCCAACAAGAAACGGCGAUCCAUCAAAAAUAACCUUGGUGUAGAAUUAUUUCCUAAUUCUCUGUUCGUUGGAAGCUCCACUCCUGGACCAGGAUACCUUGACCCAAGUGCCUCAAAAUCCCUCGACUCCUCUCAUAAUGCUUUGGCCUUAGUUGGGAGGUCCAGCAGGCAGUCUGCCAGCUCUGCAAGGAGAAAGAGCAAACGACUGAGUCGCCGACAUUUUGUCGACAGAGUAGAGUCAGGGAAGGCUGGUUGCUUCUCUCCCAAGGUCACCAAGAAAGAAAAUGUUCGCAAGUCCCUGCGCCUUCGCUUCAGCCUGGGCAAGAGCAGCAGAGAUCCUAGAGAGGGUUCAGAGUUCAUUGGUUGGCGACUUGCCACUCCAGAGAGCAACACCAGUUUUUGCUUCAGAGACGCCAAAUUUAGCCCUACUGUUUUGCGAAACAAGAGUGCCUCAAAGGGCUCCAAGUUUUACAGUAAGUCAGAGGACAACCUGCUAUCCCCCCAGUGUGACGGCAGUGCCCUCCGGACGUCUUGGAGUGGGGAGACCCAUGACGAGGGCCAUGUCUUCAGCGGAGGCUCCUUCACCGACACCCCCAUUAACAUGUGUCUGAAGAACAACUACUACUCUGAGCCUGCCAUCGUGGUGGCCAAGCCCCCCAUGGUGGCCAGCUUCCCCAAGAAGCUGUGCUGUGCCUCCAGAGCUGAGAGCCUCGAGAGUGAGUGCUCAUUCAGCCAGACUCUGACCAGGCCCACCCUGCUCAAGAUCAAAAGAGCCUUCACUGAGUCCGGGAGCGACCUACAGGGAGUACUGAGGGAUGACGGUGCCCCCCCUGAAGGGGGCAAGGCAACACAGCCUGAGAACACUCAAACCGAUUCAACAGAUUCAACUCCUUCUGAAUCUUCUACACUCAAAGGUGUGUCACCAAACAAAGAGCGUUCUGGCAUGCCAACUCCUUGGAGGCAUCUAGCUGAUGACCAGAACAUCACAUUUGGUCAGAUUGAGUUUGUUCCUCUGUCUCCCUUGUAUAUAGAUAGUGCCCUGUUUGAAGUGGGAGGAUGUGGCAGUCUGUCAGAGAAGGCCUGUGACUGGUCACUGUGUGCUGGUGACAGGUCUAUAGCAGGAGAGGCAGAUACUGUGGCUGAGCAGGUGAACUGCAGCAAGCUGAUCGAUGCCCUGGACAUCCAGAGCCCUGCUCACUUCACACGCAGCAUUGCUGCUGGGGUCCAGUCCACUCCAUACAGAGCUUCAGGGCUGGAGUACUUUCAGGAGCUCAAGACUCCUCUUCCCCCUCUGGGUACAGUGCCUGUAAUGGUACAUGUUGAGGCUGUGGCAUCCCCAGAACCCAGUGCCCACCCCCAGAGGCAGGAACAGCAGCCGUUGGAGCUGCCUUCCCCGGGCAUCCUGGAGACCCACAGGCUAAGGGUGGUAGACCACAUCCAGCGCUUCAAUAAGCUCACCCUGUGUUCACCCAAAUCACAGGCCAAAGCAGUCAGGUCCCCCCUCAAGUUCCAGCGUACUCCUGUGCGCCAGUCUAUCCGCAGGAUCAACUCCUUGCUGGGGGACAGGUGGCCUGUCCCGGCUGGUAUCACCUCCUCCAGCCAGGUAACCACCAUCCCUGUGGGAGAGGCUGUCAGCCUGGAGAGUGGCCUGUCUGCUGGGGCUCAGCGCCAGCCAAACGAUCAGGGAGGCCCCACACUUGACACGGUCCGCUCCACAAAAACCUGCUCUCCUCCAGUCCCACCCAAGAAGCCAGCCAGCAUCGCCGGCAAACCCAGGAAUUACACUCUAAGCGAUGUGACCAACAAGGUACAACUGAAGACCAAAGGUGUGACACCUGUUAAAGACCCAGGAGGUGAAGGUGAGAGGUCUGUGGUACAGCAGGUGGCUGAGAAGGAUGUGUAUUACUACAGAGGCUCCCCCAGGAACCUCCUCAACGAGGGCAGACUGCUGUCAGCCACCAAGCCCAUAGACCUCUAGUCUAGUAGAACUCACCCUUCACUAUACAGGUCUCCCUAUCUGGAUAUAUACUGUCUUAUUGUAUAGCUUCAAAACAUUCCCUCAAUUUUUGUGUCUUCAGUUGUUUUCAGGGAUUUAAUUUAUUUUGCUUCUUAGAUGCUGUUCUUUGAGUGCUUGGGGUGACUGAUCUGUUGCAUUGCCUUACUAGUUUACUCUGUUGGUAAGAGUUUUGCACAUGCAUAUCAGUGUAAAGGAAUGUGUAUAUUUUUGAAGGUGUUUGUAGUCUGUUAGACAAGUGUGAAAGGCAAUUGCUGAACGGUUGGGUGUAUGGCUUGAAGGUGUUAGAGUUAAAGGGCAACACCACUUUAUAACCAGUUAUUAUGCUGUUCGUAUAUGCCCCACCAUAAGAUCUGAAACUAAUUUGUCUGUCAUACUGCACGAUUCCUAGUUUUUGUCAUUUAAGCUUCUGCACUGCCCUCAUCUACAGUAUACUGCAAUUCCCAGGUUGCGUUUCACCUACCAGGAUGCAAUGCUCCGUCCAGUCGACAGUUAGCUUUACAAGCUUCAUCUGAGUGCAUUUCAUAUUAUAAUGCUUGCAUGUAUAUCAUGCUGAAUAUAUGUUCAUCCCACUGUCACCAAUCAACUGCAUUACACUCAAAUAAUGGAAUUUAGAUGCUAACGAAUGCUAAGCAUAAGUUACUGUAUCUGAUGGUUAGCUAGCAUUCUAGCUAGCCUGACUGCUACAUCCGAAAUAGGUUUUUGCAACAAUAACAGCUGAGUUUAAUCUUAGCUACUGUCUUAAACAACAGUCCAAACAACAUGUAGGCCUGUUAGAACACAUUUAUUAUGACAUUUACAAGCAAAUCACUAUGGAAUCCUAGUCUCUCAUUUAAGCCUGUAUAUUUUGUGCUGACAUUAGCAAUGCUAGCUAAGUAGCUAACCCUGUUCCAUUGGAAGUAGUGUGCUCAACAAUAGCUGCCAAAUAUAGCCUUAGCAACCAUCUAACAAUAUUAGUUAGGCCUAUUGGAACUAAUGAGAAUAUAGUCUAUUUGGAGCUGCAACUUUGUUGGUGGUGGGAGUGGUUUUGCCAAAUGGAAUCAUUGCAAUUUGAGCCUUGAACAACAGAAACACAUGGAUGUAAACUAGCUAUACCUAUCUAUAGGUUUUUUGAGCAUUUAUUUAUUUUACAGAUGUUAUUAGACGAAGACAACCGAGCAACAUAUGAUCAGAACUAGAUGGGUUAUAUCGAUAGCUGAAAAUGACUGUCCAUUUAUUUUAUUAGUCAGUAAAUAAUCUGGUUUUGCGCAUCACUAAACAGUCAAUAUAUAUGAAAUCAUGAAAUUACACGAACUGUAAGACUUCAUAACAACCCAGAUGUUAGAAGUGCCAAAUUUGCCCGUGAAGGUUUUAUUUUUGUUUUUAUUUAUUUUUUCAUUGUGGUCCUAAUUUGGUAAAGGUCUACAAAACUGUUUCCCUGCUUUUAUUUUCUAUAAUUCAAUACAGUUCCAUUCAAUACAGUAUAAUACAGUUCAUUUGCUUUGGAUUAAACAUGUGAACUGACCAAGACACUUUCAGGGGGGGAAUUUAUGAAUUAAACUUGUCAAGCUGUAUUUAUUUAAAGCACCUCUGCAUUGCAGUCUGACCAUUUCAAAACUUGUCAUUUUUGUUAAAUACACUGCUCAAAAAAAUAAAGGGAACACUUAAACAA